AUGUCCACCAAGAUUAUCAACACCUCCAAGGCUCCUGCUGCUAUUGGCCCCUACUCUCAGGCUGUAGUUGCAAAUGGAUUCGUCUUUACUGCUGGCCAAAUCCCUUUGAUCACUGAAACCAUGACUAUUCUUGAUGGUGAUGUUCAGGCUCAAACUCGUCUUGUUCUCACCAACCUCAAAAAUGUUUUGGAGGCUGCUGGAUCUUCGUUUGACAAGAUUGUCAAGACCACCGUUUUCCUCAAGGACAUGAAUGACUUUGUCAAAAUGAACGAAGUAUACUCUGAAAUGAUGGGCGACUGCCGUCCUGCUCGAUCUGCUGUCGAGGUUGCUCGUCUUCCUCGUGAUGUCAAGGUCGAAAUCGAAUGUGUCGCUGUUGUCAAUUAA